AUGUCGGGUCAGGCAGCCGCUGCUGGGGCAAGUCGCAUGCAGCGAUUUAUGAAUCAUCCCGCUGGUCCUAAAACAGUCUUCUUUUGGGCGCCGUUGAUGAAAUGGUGCUUGGUGGCUGCUGGACUCAAGGAUCUUCAAAGACCAGCAGACAAGCUCAGUGUUUCACAAAAUGCGGCCCUGGCUGCUACUGGGUUUAUUUGGGUACGAUACUCGAUGGUUAUUACUCCAAUAAACUAUAGUCUUGGAGCUGUCAACUUUUUCGUUGGAAUGUCCGGGCUAACACAGCUCUAUCGUAUCUGGGACUAUCGACGAACUCACCCAGAGGCUGCAGCGGCAGCAGCGCACUGA